GCGAUUUGAUACGUAGUAAGGUAGCCGCCUACACCGACCUGGAUAUCUACAGCUGGGGAGCAGUCUGUCGGUAACUUUUAAUAUCAUGGAUUUGAGUACGACUAUGCAUCGUGUUUGUGCUCAUCUUCAGCGGAUAGCCCUUCGCCCUGAAGGCGGCUGUACAGCAAGUGUGAUGUCCCUCUGGUUCGCCGAGUUGUGACGCGAGGAGGGGCUUGCUAAGCAGCCUAAUGGACAGUAUCGAUGACUUAGCAAUCAAAACCAGAACUGAAUAUCCUCUUUAUGCAAUUGUAUUGCCUCCGUUUGUCCUGCCCGCGUUCCUGUUUACUGCCUGAAACUGGAUAUCACUCUCGAGUGUGUCGUAACAUCACCAUUUCUGAGAGACAACAGUAUUUACAUCUCUAGAGCGAGGAAGUGGAGCUGCGUCAGGCUAGCCGCACUUGAUCGAGAUAAGACCGGACGUUGGGUGACGUUGCCUUCGUAAUAAAGGUGCCUAACGUAUUUGUUAUUUACAUUAAAUAACGAUGUUUGGGAUUAGACCGGGACGUAACGCGUAGAUAAAACGACAGCGCGUGUUUGAAUAGCGACAGAGACCUCCACCUUAAUGUUUACCGUGGUACGUGCGUCGCCAUUCGUUUUAUUUUGGAAGCUGCGAGCGGAAGUCGUGCUCGCUCCUGCUAUUUUGACACUGGUAGGAAGUGGGAUGUGGCCAGGUUGUAUUUAUGCUUCUGUUUUAAGAUAUGAAAAUCAUUGAAUUAGCGCUGCUUCUGGAGCCCGGUUUCACCAGCGGUCACAGCGGAGAUUACGACAGUGUCUCCGUCCGUCAGCGUGCUGGUUGUCGGCGGUCGAAGGCGGUGAACACGAGCGGAGCUGCUGUGCUGGUUUCGUCUGGACUGGACCAUUUCCAUGAGGGCUUCUCAACCUCACGCCCUAACAAUCCGUGCGCGGGGCUGUGUUUUGUGCUUACGUAAUAACAGCAUGUGAAUCGAUAGUCACAUCGUUGACUUUUUUUAUUUUGAAUUUUUUCUUGGACAAAGACUUUGCCCCCACACAUAAAACAAUUAUAUAAUAUAUAGCAACAAAAUAUAUGAUAUUUUGUUGCAAAUGUCAACAACUCAGCGUCAAGUGAUGAUGGAAUCCUCGCUCGCUCUCGGAAGACUGGAACUGACCCCCGGUUCAGGCGCCGUCGGGGUCAGCCUCUCCCCGCGGCUCUCCGCCGGGCACCCGGCGAAAGAGACGUGCGGUCAGCGGCCACUGGGGCCACAAAGCCCGGCUCACCUGAACGGCUGCGUCCCGCUGUCACAUCAGGUGGCGGGUCACAAGUACGGAGUGGAUACAGUGGGCAUCUUGCAGCAUCCGGAUGGAACGGUCCUGAAGCAGCUUCAGCCUCCACCCAGAGGUCCUCGAGAGAUGCAGUUUUACAGCAUGGUGUAUGCAGAGGACUGCUGUGAUCCAUGCCUUCUGCAGCUCCAGAACCAUCUGCCCAAGUACUACGGCACCUGGUCCUCUCCGGACAGCCCCAAUGACCUGUACCUGAAGCUGGAGGACGUGACCCGGCGCUUCGUCAAGCCGUGCAUCAUGGACGUGAAGCUGGGCCAGCGGAGCUACGAUCCGUUCGCCUCGCAGGAGAAGCGGGAGCAGCAGAUCAGGAAAUACCCGCUGAUGGAGGAGAUCGGCUUCCUGGUCCUCGGCAUGAGGGUGUACAAGAUGUGCAGUGACACGUUUGACUCCUACGACCAGCACUACGGGAGGGGGCUGGUUCAGGACUCCAUUAAAGACGGCCUGGCUAAGUUCUUCCACAAUGGUGUGAGCCUGAGGAAGGAUGCCGUGUCAGCCAGCAUCCACAGAGUCCAGUGUAUCCUCCGCUGGUUUGAGUCGCAGCAGCAGCUGGUCUUCUACGCCAGCUCCCUUCUCUUCGUCUACGAGGGGCUCCCCUCCUCUUCCUCCUCAUCCUCCCUGUCGUCCCUUCUCAGCACCCCGUCGAUCAGCCCCAUCGUGGGGAAAACUGCCACGCUGUCGUUGCCGGGCGACAGUGGUCGGGGUGGCGAGGGGAAAGCGAGACCGGAAGAGGACGAGGCAGAGUACAACAACAACAACAUUCAGGUGCUGUCGCCCUGGGACUGCAGCCUGGCCAGCAUCUACACCAACCACAGGAAAAGUGGCCACCUCCACUAUGCCAGGGGCCAUCUCCGUGGCAACGGUGGAGACUGCGAUGCUGGGGGGACGCCGGCGAGCCCGGCUCCCGGAGAUAACAUCUCAGCGCUGUGCGAAGAGGACAACUCGGCGUGGAAACGAACUGGCGACUCGGGACAAAUGCCGCCGAACGGAAACAGAAACAAAUCACAACUGGAAGGCGAGGAUGAGGAUGGAGGGAGGGAGGACAGAAGCGGGGGGAGGCAAGAGGAGGAGGGAGAGGAACUGAAAGGACGGGGGACAGAGGGGAGUGGAGGAGAGGAGGAGGUGGAGGUCAGGAUGAUCGACUUUGCACACGUUUUCCCUAACGAGAGCCACGAUCACGGCUACAGCUACGGCCUCAAACACCUGCUGACGGUGCUGGAGCAGAUCCUCUGUGACGCCGCCUAGAGCGCUCCCUCCUCCCGACCUCCUCCCGACCUCCUCCUGACCUCCUCCUGACCUCCUGACCUCCUGCUCUCCUGCUCAGUGAACAACCGUCUCCCAUUGCCAACCUUCUUCUCUCCUCAAAAGACACUUUCAGAGGAGAGGGAAGAAUCAAACAAGAGUGAAUAUUAAAAACAGAGCCGUCGUCAUCAUCAUCAUCAUCAUCAUCAUCAUCAUCAUCAUCUCACCUGUUUGUGACGAUCUUUCAGGCCUCUUUCACUCUCUGUGUGUGUCUGUGUGUGUCUGUGUGUUGUUGACAGUGUUUCCCCGUGAUCAGCAGCAUUACAUGCACUAAUCAACCCAUGAAGUCAUGGCGACCCGGUACUUAAACACGAUCUGGUGAGGCUCAGACGAGCUCUACAAUUUCACGUGACUUCCCCUUUAGUGCAUAUUUAAAAAUGCAUUCGUAGAAAAUUGGCUGUUUUGUUUUCCGUUAAAAAAAAAAAGUUUUUUAAAAAAACACCUAAAAUUAGGUCUGUGGCAAUAUGAAAAUGUGGCGAGCUGAUGGGGAAUCGGUUUGUCUCGACCAGGUGAACCGAGCAGUUUUUUCAUAAUAUGAACAUUGGGAAAUAUUGCAAAUCAGCACUGCACAUGAGUUAUGGAUCAAAUUAAGUAAUAUUAUUCUGACUGGAUAUGAUAGAAGAUUUGAUCCAGCUUCAGGUCGACUAUCACAGUGUGUCCAUCAGCUUAGUGGAGUCUGCGUCCAUUGAAACACUGCAGCAUUUUGACAGCAUAUUCUGAGAAGGCCCACAGAAGGGGUUCCUGAGUGGAUGGUGUUGUCAUGGAGAUGCUGACAGUAGCUUUUAACAGCUCUGUGCAGCAGACUGGGUCCACAGUGAUUCUUUACUGGUCCAGUCCUGAACUUUUGUGAUGGGGACACGUGACGCGACGACUGACCCGCCCUACUCUGCCUCUGAUUGGCUAGUUUGUUGCGUUGAUUAUGUUUAAGUUGGCGGUUAGGGUCAGACUAUGGGGGAAGUGUGGGACAUUCCCUCGCCAUCCGAGGGGAAAAAGAACUACCGCCCACAGGACUGUGACUUUGGCAGAUCCACUGAUGAGGUGUUUUUUCUAAAAAGUAUCUUUCAGAACACAGCACUCCAAAUAUGAUCCUUGUAUCCACAGCUGUUAACUGGAUGGCAGAUGACUAACGAGGCAGGGCUUUUGAUUGGUCCGUGCUCAUUGGGCCGAGCGAUGAGUCUGGAGAGUUUCUGUUUAAGUUGGGUCGUCAUUUAGUGUUUCUGUUUAAACGCUGUCUUCAGGUAUCUAACUCAGGUGAAUUUACUGUAAGAGAAAAUGCGUAAUACUACUACACUACUACUACUACUACUACUACUACUACCCUCUCAGCGAGACAAUUCUCCUGCUGUCUGGUUGUUAAACGAUUGUUUUAUAAAGUCUUUUAUCUCAUGAUUGUCCUUAUCUCAUCGUCGCUGACCUUCAUGUUCACCUGACAAUGACCUUCCACGUUGUGUGUGUGUGUGUGUAUAUGUAUGUAUGUAUGUAUGUAUAUAUAUAUAUAUAUAU